UUUUCAUACACGUCGUCUUAAUUCGUUUGCCCUAAAAAAACACAAACCAUUUCUCUAGUGGUGAGACUGUGAAGGAGAGAAGCAAAUCAACCGGAGAUAACGUAAUCGACGGCGAAACAUACCAGUAUUAGAAACAGAACAAGAGAAUACUAAAAACGCAAUCCAAACAGAGCCUAACAGCGGAAAAUGGGAAGAGAACGAGAACCGCAGCAGCAGCAAGUGGCCUACACAGUCGAACAGCUCGUCGCCGUCAAUCCGUACAAUCCCGAUAUCCUCCCCGAUCUCGAAAACUACGUCAAUGAGCAGGUAUCAUCGCAAUCGUACAGUUUGGAUGCAAAUCUAUGCCUUCUUCGCCUCUAUCAGUUUGAGCCUGAUCGAAUGAGCACUCAAAUUGUUGCUAGAAUCUUGGUUAAGGCACUGAUGGCGUUGCCAGCUCCAGAUUUCAGCCUUUGCUUAUUUUUGAUUCCUGAAAGAGUGCAAAUGGAGGAACAAUUCAAGACUUUGAUUGUUCUAUCACAUUAUUUGGAGACAGGAAGGUUUAGCCAGUUCUGGGCUGAAGCAGCUAAGAGUCGCCACUUAGUUGAAGCUGUGCCAGGUUUUGAGCAAGCAAUCCAAGCAUACGCGAUUCAUAUGCUUUCCUUGACUUAUCAAAACGUUCCUCGGUCUGUGCUGGCUGAGGCUAUCAACAUUGAAGGUCUAUCAUUGGACAAAUUCCUUGAACACCAAGUGGUCAAUUCUGGUUGGAUAAUAGAGAAAGGGCAUGGCAAGGGUCAACUCAUAGUCCUGCCCAGCAAUGAAUUUAACCAUCCCGAGCUAAAGAAAAACACAGCAGAUACUGUACCGUUAGAGCACAUCACUAGAAUCUUCCCUAUUCUUGGAUGAAGAACUCUCUGUAUGAGCUAAAGAGUUUUUCAAUCUGCUUUGUUUUCUAGCAGAAGCUUUGAGUGCUAAAUUGUGACACCUAAAUCUAGCUUCUUUACUUGAUUCUAAUGUCGGCUGCUGUAAUCUGUUUUGUUACUUCUGAAUUUAGUCGAAACGAAGAGUACAAGAAUUCAUAAACAUGAUAGUUUCUUAUUUGAA